AUGAAGCCGGGCACCCUCAAGUCCCGGCGAGGCAGUGCCGGGGACGAGGAGGAGGCCUACAUCGGCUUCCCGGUGACCCCGCGCAAAGACUACUGCUGGUCGUCGUGGCUGCUCAAGGCCGUGGUGGCGCUGGUGAUCCUGAUGGCCGGCGUGCUCAUCGGGCUGUCGGCCAGCGCCAACGUGUCGCGCUACUACUACUUCAGCAGCAUUGGGUCCUCGUCGCUGUUGUUAUCUUCUUCCUCCCUGCAGGCAGCCGGCGGCGGUGGCACUGGCACUGGCAGCAGCAGUGGUAAUAAGAACAACACCAAUGGCGAUGUCUUCGCUUCCAGUUCCACCACGAGCAGCGGCAGGAGUCGCAGUAGUAAUAAUAAGAGGAAGAAGAUGACGGAAGACGAAGCUCCACCUCCACCGGUGCUGCUGGACUUCCGUGGUUUCGCGGACCCCGGCCCGCCAUGGGGCCACUCGAUGUCGGACCCGGAACUGUUCUGGCGGGCGUCCAUGGCGCCGCGCAUGGAGGAGUACCCGUUCCAGCGCGUGCCCAAGGUGGCGUUCCUGUUCCUGACGCGCGGGCCGCUGCCGUUCGCGCCGCUGUGGGAGCGCUUCUUCCACGGUCACGAGGGGCUCUACUCGGUGUACGUGCACGCGCUGCCGGGCUACGCAGGGCGCUACCGGCCGUCGUCGCCGUUCCACGGGCGGCAGAUCCCGAGCGGGGAGGUGUCGUGGGGCUCCAUCACGCUGGUGGACGCGGAGAAGCGGCUGCUGGGCAACGCGCUGCUGGACUGGUCCAACCAGCGCUUUGUGCUGGUGUCGGAGAGCUGCGUGCCGGUGUUCAACUUCCGGACGGUGUACGAGUACCUGGUGAACUCGGCGAUGAGCUACGUGGAGUCGUACAACAUCGACGUGCCGCAGUGCGCGGGGCGGUACAACCCGCGGAUGGCGCCGGAGGUGCUGGAGGAGCACUGGCGCAAGGGCUCCGAAUGGUUCGAGAUGAGCCGGGACCUCGCCGUCGACGUGGUGGCGGACCAGCGCUACUACACGCUGUUCCGGCGGCACUGCACGCCGUCGUGCUACCCGGACGAGCACUACAUCCCGACGUUCCUGCACCUGCGCCACGGCGCGCGCAACGCCAACCGGACGGUGACCUGGGUGGACUGGUCGCGCGGGGGGCCGCACCCGGCGCGCUUCGGCAAGGCGGCCAUCACGGGCGACCUGAUGGCCGCCAUCCGCAGCAACGGCACGCUGUGCCUGUACAACGGCAAGCCCACCACGGUCUGCUACCUCUUCGCCAGGAAGUUCGCGCCCAGCGCGCUGCCCACGCUGCUCAACCUCAGUACCACGCUGCUAGACUUCUGA